GGUAAACAUUCAGCAAGCGGCAGUGGUGCUGCAGCUGUUCCUUCUGAGUCUGUCUCCCUUUUAUUCACAGUUUAUGGUCGGCCUCUCAAACGCUAACAAAGAAUAAACCAACACAGCCUGUGUUUCGUUCUUAAUUUUUCGCCGUCCUUUCCUUUGCGGAAUAAGUUAGCUAAAUUCUGCUAAUCCAUCUAACGUUAGCAAGCAUGCUACAUUGACUUUUCCUCCAAACGACGAAGAGGAGGAAGGACACAUAAUGCGACGCUAUCCCGAUGGCUUCAUCUUCUGCUGGUGAAAAGGCAACAUGGUGUGAAGGUGACACAUGUCUCGCUCCUCACCCGAGAGACGGCUCACUCCGAGAAUCUACCAUAAAGAGACUGACCUCCACCUCUCAUGAGAACGAUGCCACAGCAUGGGUGGUAUUCACCGAGUCGGGUAAAGAUGCACCGGAAAAAGAAGAGGAGAAAGCCGUACCGGUCUCAAAACUCACGAGACCGGGCGUGAAUCACUUCACCCAGGAGAAGCCUUUGUUUCCCAGCAGCGUCACAGACACCAGGCUAUGUGUCCCCUUAGAGCUAAGGGACGUUGACGGAGACAGAGUCCCCUACACCAUCAACAGAUACCUGAGGGAUUACCAGAGAGAAGGUAUCAGGUUCAUUUACAACAAUUACAUCUGUUCCAGGGGUUGUAUCCUGGGGGAUGACAUGGGCCUGGGGAAAACUGUACAGGUCAUUGGUUUCCUUGCUGCUGUAUUGCACAAAACGGGCACAUGGGAGGACAUCAAAAACAACAGGCCACAGUUUCUGCAGAGUCAGAUGCCCUCCAAGCAAAGUAAACCCAGCAAAGUGUUCCUCAUUGUGGCCCCGCUGUCGGUGCUUUAUAACUGGAAAGAUGAGCUGGAGACAUGGGGUCACUUCCAGUGUGUGGUGGUCCACGGGCUGAGGAAAGAAGAGGAGCUGGCUCGCAUCCAAAAGGGGCGCAUCGAGAUCGCUCUCACCACCUACGAAACUCUGCGCCUUUGUCUGGAUCAGUUUAAUAACAUAGACUGGUCUGCUGUGGUCGUGGAUGAGGCCCACAAGAUAAAAAAUCCAAACUCUCAGAUCACUCGGGCAAUGAAGGAUCUGAAGUGUAAGAUCAGAGUUGGCCUCACUGGCACCGUCUUACAGAACAACCUCGAGGAGCUGUGGUGUGUCAUGGACUGGGUCGUACCUGGUUGUCUGGGCAGCUUAGGCCAUUUCAAGAACAAGUACUCUGAUCCGAUUGAGCAAGGGCAGAGGCACAGCGCAACCAAACGUACCUUAGCUACCGGGAGGAAGGCUGUCCGAGCCCUGGUGAAGAUCAUUUCCCACUUGUUCCUCAGAAGGACAAAAGCUCUCAUCAGAGAACAACUGCCCAAGAAGGAUGACCGGGUGGUGUAUUGCUCUCUGACGGAUUUUCAGCAGACUGUCUAUCGGACCGUGCUGGACACUGACGAUGUGACGUUGAUACUGAGGUCCUCAGAGAAAUGUGACUGUCAAAGUGGACGUAGCCGCAUAAGCUGCUGCUAUAAAACAAACACAGAAGGUGUGAAAAUAAAGGGGUUGUACUUCAGUUACUUGGCCAUAUUGAGGAAGGUUGCAAACCAUGCCGCUCUGCUUCAAUCCGCUGCAGGCGUCAGCAAGAAACAGGAGAAGUACGUUGGUGCCAUCUGUGCAAACGUAUUCCAGAAGUUUCCAGACUUUGUGCAGAAAUGCAAAGACAAAGCAUUCGAAGCUCUGUCGGACCCGAUGUACAGUGGAAAGAUGAAGGUUUUGCAGAAGCUGCUGAAAUAUUACCUGCAAAGGCGAGAUAAAGUGCUUCUUUUUUCACUCUCAACCAAGCUGUUGGAUGUGCUGGAGAGCUACUGCAUGGCAGAGGGGCUGGACUACAGCCGGUUGGACGGAGCCACCAAAGCCAAAGAGAGAGUCCAGAUUGUCAAAGCGUUCAACAGCUCCUCUCAUGUCAACCUCUGCCUGGUUUCCACCAUGGCGGGUGGUCUUGGCCUUAAUUUCGUGGGCGCCAAUGUGGUUGUGCUCUUUGACCCCACAUGGAACCCAGCCAAUGACCUCCAAGCUAUUGACAGGGCGUAUCGUAUUGGCCAGUGCAGAGACGUCACUGUUCUUCGGCUGAUCUCAUUGGGGACUGUGGAGGAGGUUAUUUACCUCAGACAAGUUUACAAACAGCAAUUGCAAUGCUCAGUUGUGGGCAGGGAGAGUUCGCGGAGGUACUUUGAGGCGGUGCAAGGUCAUGGCGCCCACAAGGGGGAGCUCUUUGGGAUCAAAAACCUCUUCAGGCUGCAGACCGAGGGCACGUGCCUCACCCGCAGGAUACUAGAGCGAGAAGGACGAGUGGAGGCCGGUGUGAUGACCAGCAGCACACACUCGGGCGAGGGGAAGGAGGAGGAGACGACUAAGGAAGAUGGCGAACCUGGAGACUCUGUGUCCAAAGGCUGCCCUGCAGUUAACAAUGAGCAAGCAGAGGAGAAGAGAGGUGUGUCCAAGGGCCCCAGAGGGGUUUUGGACUUCAGCAGUGGAAGUGAAGAGGAUGAGGACGAGCAGGGUCUCAAGAGGAAGGCAACAAGCCCCGGUGUAAUCGAUGGCAACAGGGGUGGGAAUUCUGCCACCGGUCCCGGUCGCAUGAGUCUCCUCCAGCACGGUUUCUCCAGGCUUCUCCAAAGGGUCAAAGGAAAACCAGAGUUAGCAGAAGGCGACAGUAGUCCGGAUGUUGAUGAAAGCCCCUCUGAAGAAGAUUCUGAGGAUCCAAAGAUGGAGAGUACCUCGUCUGGCAUUUGUCAGGACUCCAACGCUAGAAAUGGUGCAAUCGCUCCUCAUAAACUGGGAUUGAAAAGGUGGGAGAACUCUAGUGGUUCAGACGGAGAAGACGGGGAGAAUGGAGAUAAGGGGAGACAAGCGAGGAAUCCUCUGUUGAAACAAAGUGAUGAUGAUGCUGUUAGAAAGGGACCGGCCCCGAACGGGUGGACCAAUAAGAAAACAAGAGUGCCUGAGGAAAGUGAUGAAAAUUCCCCAUCUGAUAGAAAGAAACCUAAAAAGCUGAAAACUCGCGUUCCAAGAGUGCGCCGUUUUGAUGGCCACUCAGAUGAAUCUGAGGACCUGGACAUGGAGGCAAAGACGUGGCCCAAGACGGAUGCUUUCAAUUCAAAUGGUACUGUGGGUUACGGUGGGAGAGACGGGCUGGAGCGCAACAGAAAGAGGCAGACUGCUAACGUAAGGGACGACGUCAGGUCCAAAUUCACAGAAGACAUAGAGACAUACUCGUCUUCCGAAGACGAGCACACACCUGUUAAGAAAGGGAGAUCUGCGCGAGGUCGCUUCGCAUCUCCGCUGACAGACGGUUCCAGAGUUGAGUCGACAAAAGACGAGCGAAGAGACCCGACAUCCAACAGGACGGAGAGAGAAGCAGGGACGCACAAAGCGGUUUCGUUCACACAUCUAAAAAGUCAGGCGUCGCCAGCGUCCAAAGGGAGGAAUGGAACUAUCGACAGUGUGCUAGGGGGAGUACACGAGGUGGCGUACACCCACUCUAACCAGCGCGUGGUGGGCGGGAGCAAAGCGGAGGAGAGGAUCAGCAGGGCUGCCGUACGAGACGUGUUCGAGCGCAGGAUGUACUCUCAGCUCCCGGCCAAUCGCCUCCUUGGCACCCAAGAGAGCUCGUCCCUGAGCCCACCACACAGUCAGCCGGGCCCCCUUGCUGUCAGACCGCUGAAGCCCACUGUGGACCAUCCCGUCACCUUCAUCAGCAAGAGUGUGCACCACACCAGACACACCACCUUCAUCAUCGGAGAGACUCCCAAGGCCAUACGCAGGCUGCAGCUUGAAGAAAUGGCAGAGAAAUUCAACUUCCCCUCAGUCCAUCAGUUUGCCGUGGAGAUUGUGAGAGGAAACUCAACCCAGAGACUGUCUUGGCUACGAGAGUAUUACGCUUCGCUGGACCUCCCUGACCUGGCCAGCACCGUCUCAAACAACUUCCCACAACCUGAUUCAGCACAGAGCUCCUCUUCAACUGUUGCCUCCUCCACAUCCUUGAAAGCCACCUCAAAAUCCCACACGCAUACCCGAAACCUCCAAAAGGAUGUUCCAAAAGCCAAGAGAAAGCUUAAACAUACCGACAAGAAUCCGGAACCUAAAACGAAGCCUGAAGCCUCACGCAAUGUCUGUGCGCCACAGAGACAAUAUGAUGUGAAGACAAAGCAGAUAAACCCACACAAUGACGUCCGAUCAACCAAGAAAAAGCCUAAUUUCCCAGAAAAGAAUGUGCUAGAACCUUUAAGUGAUGUUUCAAGGCUUGAGGCGGAGGAGCAGGAGGAGACGGCCUGCAGUGCCAGAGGACACAAGAGGACAAGGAGGGGUAGUGUUUCUAGUUCUGGAGCCUUCGGAGCGGGUGGUGGUCUUGGCUUGGAUGAGGCCAGCAGCAGUGGUCCGGGGUCUGUGGAGGCCACGGCUUUCCAGAUGUGCACAGACAGACGUAUCCCUUCUUCUCCGGACCUCAGCCAUGGCGGGUCCAGCGCGUUAUCCAAACCCACAGCACAGGGACGGGAGAGAGAACCUUUUCAGGGCCAGAGAGAGACCCACCGGGAACGGGCCGGUUCCCCCUCCAGUCGUCGUUCCCUCCUCACGGACCUGAUAGGAGACACCUCCAUCCUCGACGAGCUGUUAAAGCCCAAACACAAGGGUGCACAACAGAGGGGCACCCCUAAAGCGCCCGCCGCACCUUCUGCGUCCGCGGGCUCUCCAAACCAAGCACCCGCACGCCACGUGGUGCCGAAGGGCAGUCGCAAAGACUUCUGGGACAUCUUGAAUGAGGGCAACGAGGAGAGCAUCAACAGGUUAACGGACCCGGCGGAGGUGCAGAGGGUUUGUGUCAACACUAACUUUGCAGCUCGAGGUGGGUCCGGGGAACGUGAGAGCAAGAGUCUCUGGAAGACUAAUGAAAAGUUCCUGUGGAAGAAAUAAUGCAACAAUUACAGUGUGAAGGUUUCCACCUCUCUACUUUUUACUUUUUCAGGAGAUAAUAUUUAAAGCAGUUUUUUCUGCUUGUUAUAAUUAUUCUUUUUAAAUGUCUUUCUUUUCUUAUUUACCGUCAUAAUUUUAAAUCAUUCGGUGUUCAUCAGUGAGGCGCUGAGAUAAUGCUGACUGUUACUCAAAUAAACAGAACUUUGUAUAUUUUAUUCAAGUUAUUGUUAUAGUU